UAUAUCUUCUACCUGGAGCCAGACAAGUUGGAGUCGGGCAAGGGGAAGUGUUCCUAUGACCCCAAAGUAGACACCGUCUCUGCAUUAAUAAAUGAAGAGCUCUAUGCUGGCGUCUACAUCGACUUCAUGGGCACAGACGCAGCCAUCUUCCGCACCAUGGGCAAACAGACAGCCAUGAGGACAGACCAGUACAAUUCACGCUGGCUCAAUGACCCAGCCUUCGUCCGCGCCCAGCUCAUCCCUGACAGCAGCGAGAGGAACGAUGACAAGCUCUACUUCUUCUUCCGAGAGAAGUCGGCCGAUGCCCCGCUGAGCCCUGGGGUCUAUUCCCGCAUCGGGCGCAUCUGCCUGAACGACGACGGGGGCCACUGCUGCCUCGUGAACAAGUGGAGCACCUUCCUGAAGGCCCGGCUCGUCUGCUCCGUGCCGGGACCCGACGGGAUCGAAACGCACUUCGAUGAGCUCCAGGAUGUCUUCAUCCAGCAGACUCAGGACUCCAAGAACCCCAUUAUCUAUGCCGUGUUCUCCGCUUCAGGGUCGGUCUUCAAGGGCUCUGCCGUGUGUGUCUACUCCAUGGCCGACAUCCGCAUGGUCUUCAACGGGCCCUUCGCACACAAAGAGGGACCCAACUACCAGUGGAUGCCCUACACAGGCAAAAUGCCCUACCCCCGGCCGGGUACCUGUCCUGGGGGGACCUUCACCCCGUCCAUGAAGUCAACCAAGGACUACCCUGACGAAGUGAUCAACUUCAUGCGCGCGCACCCCCUGAUGUACCACGCCGUCUACCCCACCCACCGCCAGCCGCUGGUCGUCCGCACCAACGUCAACUACCGCUUCACCACCGUGGCUGUCGACCAGGUGGAUGCGGCAGACGGGCGCUAUGAGGUGCUUUUCCUGGGCACAGAUCGGGGCACCGUGCAGAAGGUCAUCGUGCUGCCCCGGGAUGACAUGGAGACAGAGGAGCUCAUGCUGGAGGAGAUUGAGGUGUUCAAGGUGCCGGCACCCAUCAAGACGAUGACCAUCUCCUCCAAGAGGCAACAGCUGUACGUGUCCUCAGCUGUAGGCGUCACCCACCUGGCCCUGCACCGCUGUGACGUGUACGGGGAAGCCUGUGCUGACUGCUGCCUGGCCCGGGACCCCUACUGCGCCUGGGAUGGCAGUGCCUGCACCCGCUACUCUGCCUCCUCCAAGAGGCGAAGCCGGCGGCAGGGCGUCCGGCAC